CGCAUGCGCAGAGCGCUGUUUCCGUCUCCCGCGGUGAUUGGCAGGCGGUGUUCUGCGCAGGCGCAGUCCGUUCUCCCGGCUCGGGGGCCUUGGCGCCAUUGGCAGACAGUGUGCGGCUGUGAGGAGCGCGGGCAGGUCACGUGUCGCUGGCUGGAGCCGGAGAUAGCACACGGUGGGGGGUAUUAUCUGCCCGGCUUGGGGGCAGAACCGAGACCCCCCCCCCCUACACUGCGAGUCUGACAGCACCGGGGCCCCCAGGGGACACACCGCUCUGCCGGCAUGAAGGGGUGAGAUAUGGGGGGCCGGGGGGGGGGAGGCAGGGGGGUACACUGUGACACAAAUACACACUGACACACCGCUCUGCCGGCAUGAAGGGGUGAGAUAUGGGGGGCCGGGGGGGGGGAGGCAGGGGGGUACACUGUGACACAAAUACACACUGACACACCGCUCUGCCCGGCAUGAAGGGGUGAGAUAUGGGGGGCAGGGGGGUACACUGUGACACACAGUUCUGCCGGCAUGAAGGGGUGAGAUAUAAUCCGGGGGGCCGGGGGAGAUAUAAUGGGGGGAGAGAGACACUGUGACACACACUGACACACCGCUCUGCCGGCAUGAAGGGGUGAGAUGUAAUUCGGGGGGUGAGAUAUAAUGGGGGGGCAGGGGCCAGGGGGGUACACUGUGACACAAAUACACACUGACACACAUCUCUGGAGAGGGGACACACUGUGACACAAAUACACACACUGUGACACAAAUACACACACUGUGACACAAAUACACACACUGUGACACACGCACUGUGACACAAAUACACACACUGACACACAGCUCUGCAGGCAUGAAGGGGUGAGAUAUGGGGGCCAGGGGGAGAGGGGACACAAUGUGACACAAAUACACACACUGACACACACAGUGAUUCAAAUACACACACUGUGACACACACAGUGAUGUGACACAAAUACACACACUGACACACAGCUCUGCAGGCAUGAAGGGGUGAGAUAUCAUGGGGGCCAGGGGGAGAGGGGACACAAUGUGACACAAAUACACACACUGACACACACAGUGAUUCAAAUACACACUGACACACACACAGUGAUGAAAUGCACACCGACACACACGAUGUGACUCAAAUGCACACCGACACACACGAUGUGACACAAAUGCACACCGACACACACGAUGUGACACAAAUGCACACCGACACACACGAUGUGACACAAAUGCACACCGACGCACACACGAUGUGACACAAAUGCACACCGACGCACACACGAUGUGACACAAAUGCACACCGACGCACACACGAUGUGACACACACACUGAUACCCUGUGAUACAACUACACACACUCAAUGUGACACAAAUGCACACUGACACACACACACACACAAUGUGACACACACACACUGAUACCCUGUGAUACAACUACACACACUGACUGUGAUACAAAUACACUGUGAUACACUGACACACUGUGACACUACACACACUGACACAACUACACUGUGAUACACUGACACACUGUGACACUACACACACUGACACAACUACAUUGUGAUACACUGACACACUGUGACACUACACACACUGACACAACUACAUUGUGAUACACUGACACACUGUGACACUACACACACUGACACAACUACAUUGUGAUACACUGACACACUGUGACACUACACACACUGACACAACUACAUUGUGAUACACUGACACACUGUGACACUACACACACUGACACAACUAUACACUGAUGCACAACUAACUAUACACUGACACACUUAUACACUGAUGCACAACUAACUAUACACAAAUACACACACUGACACUGUGACAACUACAUACUGACACAACUACACACAAUGAGUCUGAUGCAAAAAAUUAAGAGCCCGACAAAACUGCAGAGUGACACAAUUAAACACUGAUACAACCUCUCCCUGACUAACCCAGCCUUACACAAAGAAAGAACUACACUCUAAAAUGCUGAUGUAACCUUUCACUGACAGAAGCGCGCACACACGGAAACAAACUUGUGCUGACACUAGUGCAACCUCUCCCUGAUAGCUGUACGCCGCGACCGCGCUGCCGCCUAGCACGCCGCGACCUCGCUGCGCCCUGACGCCUAGCACGCCGCGAUGGGCCUACACACAGCAGCACUCUGACAUCAUCUUACAGUUUUUGACAGCUUCUUGUUAUUGCAGGAGAUUUAUUAAAUAUGAAUAUGCUUUACUGAACACUUUGGUAAAUAUCAACUUAAAGGACCACUAUAGUGCCAGGAAAACAUACUCGUUUUCCUGGCACUAUAGUGCCCUGAGGGUGCCCCCACCCUCAGGGACCCCCUCCCGCCCGGCUCUGGAAGGGGGAAAGGGGUUGAAACUUACCUUUUUCCAGCGCUGGGUGGGGAGCUCUCUGCCUCCUCUCCUCCUCCUGGGCUGAAUGCGCACGCGUGGCAAGAGCUGCGCGCGCAUUCAGCCCGUUGCAUAGGAAAGCAUUUACAGUGCUUUCCUAUGGACGCUUGCGUGCUCUCACUCUGAAAAUCACAGUGAGAAGCACGCAAGCGCCUCUAGUGGCUGUCAAUGAGACAGCCACUAGAGGAUUAGAGGGAAGGCUUAACCUAUUCAUAAACAUAGCAGUUUCUCUGAAACUGCUAUGUUUAUAAAAAAAAUGGGUUAACCCUAGAAGGACCUGGCACCCAGACCACUUCAUUAAGCUGAAGUGGUCUGGGUGCCUAGAGUGGUCCUUUAAUGUUUCAUUCUCAAAUUGUAAUUGGGUUUUCCAUUGAUAGUAAGAUUGGCUUUGUUUAAUUACAUUCCUGCUCGUUUAUGCUGUGGUUGUGUAACUAUUUUAUGAGUUCUUAAGAUGUACCUCUUUCUGGUUCAUAGAAAGAAGUGGGUUUGUAGAUUUUGUUUCCCAGGGAUAUGCGGCUGAUAGUGUUUAAUUUUUUUCUUCCAAAUUUGGUUAAAUCCCUAGUACACCAUGCGCUUAUACAAGGGGCCAUUUUGGGCAGUCAGCAACAUGGCUUGGCUAGUAAUAGAGGUAAGAGGAAAAGUCACUUAGAGGUUGAAUUGUAGAUUGAAAAGUGUUAGUCUGGCAUAUAUGACCCAGAAAUGGUUGGAAAAUAGUAAUCAUUUCUACUGGUGUUUUGAUGGAUUCAUUUAGACCAGAAUUGCUGUCAGUUGUCUCAAUGUAUAGUUCAACAAAAUUGCACCUGAAUGAGUCAGUCAUCUGUAGUGAGAUUCACUGUAGCAGAGCUCAUGGUGCUGCUGUUUCUACUUGUUUUAUAUAGUUUUUGUUUUGAGAUUGAGACCUGGGUGUAUGAACUCUGAUCCAUUCGUGUGGAUUGUGGUCUUCCAUUUGUCCCAGUGGAAUCUUUUUGCCAGUCGCUAAAUUCUAAAUUGAAAACUUGUGUUUUUAAUAUUUUAGUUAAAUUCCUUAGUUUUGCUAGUUUGAUCUAAAGUUGUGGUUUUGGCAGGAGGCGGGAGGUUGGGUGGUGUGAUGGUAUAGUUUUUAUACAGUAUACACUUCGUAUGCUGGUUGAAUGUGUAUCAAUGAUGUAAUACCAUCUCUCUGUGCAUUUGUAUAGCUCGUACUUGGAAUGGAGAACUUGUUCAUAUUUUGAGGGGAGGGAUCCGUGCUCACAACUGUGCUGUGUGCAUUGUGUAAAUAUUUCUAAAAUUACCAUGAAACGCUAACUUCCACUGAUUUUAUAUCUUGGCUAUUGCUAUACAUUUCUGCCGUUUGGUUUUCUAUUUUCAUUUUGGCACAUUGUGGAGUUUGAGUAAACCCUCCUUGUGUGUUAUAUAAAGUAACAUAAGCCACUGAUUUUAUAUAUUUUAUUAUUUAAGGCAGGCUCUAAGCACUGUAACUACUGCAGCCUGCUCUAGUGGCUAUGGUACAUUUGCAGAUAGUUUGACAACUUACAUGGGGGCCACUGGCUGCCUGUUACCUCAUGUUCUUCUGCUAGAUGCUUCCUGCAUUCAGCUAAGCCUGACAGGGCAUGCCUAGGAUCAUUGGUGCUCAUGCUCAACUCAUUCUCUCAGGCAAUAAGCUGUCUGAUAGGGCCUAGCUCAGUAACUUAAGCUCAUUGACUUCAGCAGAGGUUCUGACCAACACUUUGAAAGAGCGAAGAGCAUUAAAGCCCAGACGGUGCACCGACCCCCUCCUCUUGUACAACUGGAAGCUCUCUGCACUGAACUAGCUGGCAGUGUAGGGCUUGGCUCAUGGUCUGAGAGCACACUGAGCUAGCCCUGCAUAGCACGUCUUAGCUUAGUGGCGCUAAUGCAAGCUCCUAGCACUUCCAACUUCGGAGGGCACAAAAACAACUAUAGAUUUAAUGAAGCAGUUUUGGUGUAUAGUUCAUGCCCUUGUAGUUUCACUACUCAAUUCUCUGCCAAUAAGGAGAUAAAUCACUUUGUUUAUACAGCCCUAGUCACACCUCCCUGCAUGUGACUUGCACAGCCUGCCUAAACACUUCCUGAAAAGAAAGAUAUAUUCUAGGUUCCUUUAUUGCACAGCCUGGGUUUAAUCUAUUUCGUAUCCACUACUCAAUUAAUGACCUUGUAGAGCCUGCAGAAAACUUACAGCGCAAGACAUAAGAACUUCUAACGCAAGUUAACAUCUGAAAAUGAAACCCUUUUUUUUUUCUUUUUCAUGCAGGCUGUGAGAGUCACAGCCAGGGCAGGGGUGGCUAGGGCUGCAUAAACAGAAACAAAAGUGAUUUAACUCCUAAAUGGCAGAGAAUUGAUCACUGAGACUGUAUGGCGUGAUCUAUACACCAUAUCUGCAUGAUUGAAGGGAUUCUAUAGUGUUAGUAAUGCAAAGCCCCCCUAGCUUGAGCUUUAUCUGAAAAGUGAUAGAAUAGAGAUUAUAUGCUUACAAUUUUAUGAGCCUAUUGUACGAUAUGGCUCUGAACAUAAAGAUCUCUGUGCCUUUUGGUGGCAACAAGACCUCUUCUGAUACCCAGUCAAAUUCUUCCAAUAAAGUGCAUAAAUUACAUGGGAGAGCAAUUUUGUGUUAAAGAUGUCUAUAGUAUCCCUUUAAUGGUGCUUGGAGUGUUUUUAUUUUAUAAGAUGUUUUUUAAUCAAUCAAUAUUGUCCCUCUGGCUUAUUUCAUAAAGGUGCAGAUGUCAAAAGAAAUUGUCACUUUUUUUUUUUUUCAUAAAUCCUAUUAGUAACACAUUCUAGCUGUCAAGCAGACAGCUGGGAGAGUUUCUUGCCUGACUCACUUUGAACUGUAGUUAAAUAUGCAAGUGAGUACUUAAAGAGAAUUGUCAGCGCUUCUCUUAGUAAAGAGUAGUAGGCAAAUUGUGGCAUUUGCCUGCAUGCACUUGGUGUCACAAUGCAUCUCUACUAUAAAACUUCUAAUUGGGCUCAAGUCAUGAGAAUUGAUGAAUUCCCAUUGGGUGGAUCGGUAAAGCAGUGAGGAGACUUUGUGCUACAAUAGGUUAGUUUAAUAAUAGCUUUUAGAUCUGAAAUAGAGGGGAGUGGGGUAAUUGAAAGCACACCUUAUUUUAAAAAAUAAAGUAUAUAUGUGUUUAUGUAUUAAAGGGACACUCCAGGCACCCAGACCACUUCUGCCCAUUGGAGUGGUCUGGGUGCCAACUCCCACUACCCUUAACCCUGCAUGUGUAAUUAUUGCAGUUUUCAUAAACUGCAAUAAUUACCUUGCAGGGUUAACUCCUCCUCUAGUGGCUGUCUACUAGACACCCACUAGAGGUCACUUCCGUGAUUAUAGCACAUGAAAACUGUACUAUAACGUCGCUGGAUGUUCUAACGCUAUGUGAGGACCUCCAGCAUCGCUGAAAUCCCCAUAGGAAAGCAUUGAAAGCAUUCUUCAAUGCUUUCCUAUGGGAAGGUCUAGUGCCGGCGGUCUAAAUUAGUGAUAAUUACCAAACCAUUCCGUAUGGCAGCUUGUUACCAAAUCUACCUUUCUUUCAUGAUGAUGUGUGAUUCUUUGGCAGUGUAGAACUUUAUUUAAAAAGCAUGCACAUCUGCUGUUGUACUGUAUAAAAAGGUCUCCCCUGCCGGAUGACGUCAGUGGGGGAGGAGCAUGGGCGGACCCUGACCCAGCGCCGAGGGACAUUGGCGCUGGAUACAGGUAAGUCACUGAAGGGGUUUUAACCCCUUCAGCAACAUGAGAUGGGGGAUGGGAGGGAGAGGGGACCUGCAUUUUUGGUUUUGUACUUUUGCUUAAGAAUGAGUUUCAAUAUUCAAACUUUUUUUUUUUUUUUCUCCUUGAGCAGUUCCUUAGUUUUUUGAAAAUGUCUCCUCAAUUACCGCAGACUCCCAUGUCCUGUUAAUGUUCUAAAUUAGUGAUAAUUACCAAACCAUUCCGUAUGGCAGCUUGUUACCAAAUCUACCUUUCUUUCAUGAUGAUGUGUGAUUCUUUGGCAGUGUAGAACUUUAUUUAAAAAGCAUGCACAUCUGCUGUUGUACUGUAUAAAAAGAACACCCAGUAUUUAGCUGUCGGUGUUAGAAAAGUGAGUCAACCAAGAGUUAGUAUAUAGUAUAUAGUGGGAGCAACAGGUAGCACAUAUGAUAAAGACGCCCAAAGUUAGAGCCCAGCUGUCACAUAUUUUGCUCAUCAUGGGUGUGUUAGGAUGCACAAAGUCCCAACAUGCAGUACCUAAGUAAACAGCUAAACUAAACUUAAUAAUUAAGCGUAUUAUCGGUUUUGCCGAUAUUUGGUAUUUUUGGCAGUAUCGAUAGGCCAAUACCGAUAUUGCUGAUAAUACAUACCAGGUCCUCCGGGCCUAUUACAAGGCGGUCUUAGGGGGGCCUGCAGCAAGCGGUUACUUACAUACCCAGCAGCUCCCUGUGUAAAUCUUGCGAGUCCUGCGGCUGUCAGCAUUGCCACGGGUUACCAUGGCAACGCUCCGCGCGGUACGCAGGCUGCAAGAUUUACACAGAGACAUGAAGGGAGCUGCUGGGAAGGUACAUGCUAUAUCCCCCCUCCUUGGCCAAGUAACAAGCAGAGAGGGGGGACUAAAAUAAAUAAAUAAAUAAAAACAUUAUUAAAAUAAAAAAUGCCUCCCCUCCCGCCCAUUUUACACAAAUUACAUCCCUUCACAAACCUACACACACUGCAUUCAUUAUGCACACACAUUCUGCAUUAUGUACACACUACACAAACACAUACACACACUCUGCAUUCAUUAUACACACACUACACAAACACACAGCAUGGAUUCACUAUACACACACUACACAAACACAGUCUGCAUUCAUUAUAUACACACACUGCAUUCAUUAUAUACACAUUCUGCAUUAUAUACACACACACACUGCAUUCACUAUAUACACACUACACACACACACACACACUCUGCAUUCACUAUAUACACUCUGCAUUCACUAUAUACACUCUGCAUUCACUAUAUACACACUCACACACACACACUCUGCAUUCACUAUAUACACACUACACACACACACACACUCUGCAUUCACUAUAUACACACUACACACACACACACACUCUGCAUUCACUAUAUACACACUACACACACACACACUCUGCAUUCACUAUAUACACACACUACACACACACACUCUGCAUUCACUAUAUACACACUCUGCAUUCACUAUAUACACACUCUGCAUUCACUAUACACACACUCUGCAUUCACUAUAUACACACUCUGCAUUCACUAUAUACACACACAUACACACAGCUCCCCUGUCUAAACACACUGCAUCCAUUACAUUUGGCAUGCAUAUUUUGUGCAUUUACCUUUAGAAAUAGUUUAUUUUUUCAAAAUGGUAAAUGUUCAGAAUAUCGGUAAGUUAUCGGCUAUCGGCCUAAAAAUCCACCGAUUAUCGGUAUCGGCUCUAAAAAAACAAUGUCGGUCGAUCCCUAUUACCGGCCUUAGUGCCAUAUAGAAUAGUAAUAAGACUAGAAGAAGUCAGGGAUACUGAAUGAGACCAGGUGUGAUAUGACAAGCCAAAGUAUACGGAAAAAAGAAUAGUCAUAAAAAAGCUGAAAUCAGAAUGGCAAGCAGCAUAGACUUUUGGCUUCUGGUGAACUCUCAGCACCACUGUGUGCCCCUUCACCAAGGUACUGCUGGCGGCAUUACUGCAAAGACCAUUGUGCUGUGAACAGAAGUUCCAUGUGUGAAGAAGAACACUUCUUUAAGUCACCUUGCUCUGUGCAGGUCGUGAAGCCCUAGCACCAUGUUUCUGUCUAUAUAUUCUUCCUACUAUAUAGGUUCACCUUAGAGCAAGAAAGUGGACCAUAUUUCUCAGAUUUCACUUCCUACAUCUAUUCCCAUUGGCAGAAGGCUUGGAGACUAGUGUGUUGCAUUGACCUGCAACCUACACAGACCUCUGGCAAUUAGUGCAAUGUAACAUGCAGUGCUACUGCUAUGACCAGCUUGAGAGCUGAAAGCCUUUAUGAAACAUUGAAAUGUAGAUACUGAGCUCUGCCCACUGUGUUUUACGUGCUUAUUAUUCAGGUACAAUGUUUCUUGCAAACUUGGAAAGUCAUAAACUAGUGAAGGUUGAACUUUGGCAUGUGGCUUCAUGACAGCUGUAGUCCAUUUGACAACUGUAGUCCAUAUCAGUUACUGAUAAAAACAUUCGUUAAGACAUGGGAGAAAAAUAUCAAACCUUUAAAUAUGAUUGGGAAUGCAUGUUGAAAGAUUUUUUUUUUUUUUUUUGAGAAUCUUUAUUUGUAGAAUAGUUUUGCAGAAGAAUAAAACUUAAAUGAGUACAAAGGGAGGAGAGUAAGCAUGCAGGCCUCAUCAUUUAGUUUGAUGAAUACGUGCUUACAAAUUCUUUGGUAAACAUUCCAAUGCUAGUCAGCUCAGCUAUUAUAUUAUCGGUUACAAUAGACAUAGCUGAGGAAUCAGAACAUUGCAAGAACAUUGUGAUCCACGGCAGCCAUGCCUCUGCGUGUUUACUCCCUGUCAGACAGGCAUGAAACGCCUCUGCUCCCUGAAUGUCCUCGCCGGGGAUGUGUUGUAGAAUUGAUUUCUUGUAUAGUGAUACAGGUUGUGAUGAAAUAUGCAGAAGUGCCAGUUCAGCCGACCAAUCGGUCAUGCCCCCCAAAAUCUGUCACUUUAUCCCUAACCAUCUCCCAAAAUGGGAAAAUGUCACAACAUUCCCACCAGAUGUAUCCCCCUCUCCACUUGGCAUCUCCAGCAUGUUGCAGGGAUCGUCGGGAAGAUUCUAUGGAGUAGGGCCUGUGUUUUAUACCACAGAGAGAUUAGUUCAUAUUUCAUCUGUUAAUGCGAACGAAUGGAGCUCUUAUGUUGCCAUGUCAAAGCUUUGUCCCAUUGUUUAGUGGAAAAGGUUGUGCCCGAGAGUUCUUCCCAUUGCUUGGAAAAGGUGCUGUUCGUUGUCUGGUGCCCGACUAAGAGAUCCUGGUAGAGUGUGAAAACUGCCCUAUCAAGUGUGGUACCCUAAUCACAGAUACAUUCAAACCAGAUUAGUUCUCUGUGUAACCGGUCUUUUUGAGGACGUGAAUGAUAGUAAUGCUUCAGUUGCAUGUAUCGGAGGGGGGCCAGAGGAGUUUGUGAUCUACCCUCCAACAGCAAGUCCAGGCUAUGUAUCGCCCCAUCGUGUAAGGCACUAUGGAUGGGGAUGUAUUCCCAUCCCACAAGAAGGGCCAGGCUCUCGGUGGGCGUCCCCCUCCCAAUAUGCUAUUGUGAGUAAAGGACUAGGCAUGGGCAAGACGUGUGGUUGUUCCCUCAUCGACCUCCAGCUGCUCUGGUCCUGCUCCGUCCCUGCACUCCAACUCUCCAGAAACCUCCUGCAUGACCGCGGCCUGAUGGUACUUUUUAAAGUUGGGCAACGCCAGGCCACCAUUGUCUCUAGGUAGACAGAGUAAGUCGUGUCGUAGUCUUAAUCUUCCCCAUGCCACACGUAUCGAAUGACCCCUGAUUUUAAGGAGUAGAAAAAGGAUACUGGUAAAGCCAGCGGGAUGGUCUGAAGGAGAUAAAGGACCUGUGAGAGUAUAUUCAUUUUGAUCACUGCUAUUCGCCCACACGUGGGUAUGCCCAUUUGUCUAGGUCUGCCAGCAGCAUCUUCAGCAGGGGAAUGAAGUGAUGUUGGUAAAUGUCUCGCGGCUCUGAGGUUACCCAAAUUCCAUGAUACUUAAUUUUGCCAAAGCACCAGUGGAACGGGAACAGUGGAUCCAGGGCAGUAUAUUCCUCGGCAGGGAGUGUUAUGUUCAGCACUUCACAUUUUGAUACAAAUACAAAAAAAAAGUCCUGCACUCAAACUCCCAUUACUCCUGGGUGGCAGCAACGAGCAUAGUACACAUCAGCCCAAAUACAGUAAAAAAAAAAAAAAACAACGAAAAUUACCUGCCUUGACGUGGCAGGUGUGCAUACUGUGACGAAGUGCCCUUCGCCACUUGGUCCUGGAGUGGCCUACUUGCCAGCCUCUUGCCCUGUGAUUAUGGCCCUGGGGUGUAUGGCCCUUUAAAAACAGUAUAUGGGCAUAUGAAGACUUUUUGUGACAAUGUCCCUUUAAAACUGUGUCCCCAGACUGUUAAACUACUUUGUGCAUGUCUUUUUCCUAUUUGGUUCGGUAAAUGGGGCUUACCGAACCAAUUACCGACCAGGCAGACCACACAAGUGGAAGUGUGCAGCUAAUUUACCUCCCAGGCUGGCGGUUAACCGCAGGCUAAUUGCCGACCGCUGGGUGGCCUCCGUUCGUGCAGUCGAACACAUGGCGGCGGCCAUCUUUAUUUAGUCGAACGCGGUCAGUGGUGUGUGCCGUCAAAUUAAUGGAACUAAAAUCUACUACAAAACGUCACGAACACCGCUGAAGUUUUACCUUCCCUGGAACUAAUGCAUUCGACAAUUCGAACGCCGUUCGACAGUUCAUUCGACAAUUCGAAUGGUUGUCGUUCAUCUGUUUGAACUGACUUUAACAUGGGAAAUAGACCGGCCGCACAGCCUGAUUCUCUGGAACUGUUUUGGGCAGGAAAGCAUGCUUGCGGUCGGUCAUAAAGGACUUCCAGGUAACUUUUUAACCACUGGCGGGAAUUGUUUGAUUUUUGGGUAUGUUUGUAUUUGAAGUAUGCUGAUUAAUAAUAUGUAACUUUUAUGGAGAUUGGAUAUUUUGAGUUAUGAAUAUUGUAUAAAACUGUGUAUUUUCCUGCCUGUGAUAAUUAUGUUAACCCAUUGUGUACAGUAAUUAUAUCACAGGCAGAGGGGAGGAUUUUGCUGGAAUGAAUGGGAGUGUUUAACUGUAUUGUACGUGUUUGGCUAUGCCACAAAACCAUGUGGGUGGUAACAUUGUGUAAAAAGUUGCAUAUAAGUGCCAAUAAACCCUGAGACUGCUGAGCUCCUGUUUUACCCUCAACAUAGUCUCAUCUCGUGUGGGGGGGGCGGGGGGGGGGGGGAAAGGCUGCAUUUACACUGGGGGAUUGCUAUACUCUACAUACUCCCCUCGCUAUAAUCACUAAGCUCUUUUAAGAGCUUGUUGCUGCUUCACUCUCUGAAGGAAGAGAGGUUUGGUCGGCAGUGCUUAUGGUGUCUGGAGGAGUGCUUGGAGCCCUCAGGAAGCACUAGGAGCAUCCAUCAAUGGAGGUACUCGGUUGGAGUACUGGAGCUCCGUUACACAUACCCUCUCAUGGCCAUUGGAGGUAACUAAAAACCUCCAUUUCUUUAAAUAUACAUAGGGAUUUGGGAAAGAGCUCAGGUAACUUUUUUUCAUUUGGUUUUCACUUUUUGAUAGGUUGAGUUUAAAACCAGAGAUUCUGCUGAAUUGUUCAAAUUCUUAGGAGGCAGGGCAUCGUGGUCCGAGGAUUAGCAAUGGGGAAAAAAAGGUUGUCCGCAUAGGCAGGCAGCGUAUUGGGUCCCUCCUCCAGUGAGCAUGGUCUUAAUGCUCUGUGGGCCCGUUCGAAUUCAAAGCGCUGGGGAGCUUCAUUCUGCAGCAGGAGCCGGAAUAGUCCCGACAGUACCUCUUCAACAUUCUCCUAUCACUCAGCCUCCGGUAUGCCGCGUAUCUGGACGUUGCACCAGCGGCCAAUAUUAUCCAGGUCCUCCAGUGUCUCAGCAUAGUCAGGAUAAUUUUACCGUGUCGGGAGACUGCUGUCUGUUGCCGCAAUCCUGGUAGACUGGGCCUCAACCGAGUGCUCCAGUGCCUUGAUGCAGCCUGCUUGGGCGGUUACCUCUGUCCGGAUGCCCGCCAUCUCCGCCUGCAGGGUGUCCUGCAUUGUGAUAGUGAGAAUCUGGAGGUCAGCCUUGGUAGCCAUGGAAGCUGCCAUGUUCUGCAGAUUUUCCCCAAUUCUGUUCUGCGUGGUGUUCUCUGAUCCUGCCAGGGAGACCGGGGAUAUCGGCACCGUCCCCGAGCUAUCGGCCUCUCCACCAGCUCCAUGCUGGGACUGCAGAAAGCCAUCCAUUGGUUCUUGCUGUUUUCUCGUUUGUGGCCCCCCGCGGCCUGGGGGGUUCUAGGCAACGGUUGUGACCCAUUUGCAGGUUGUGGCUAAUUAUCAAUCGCUUUGUAGGGGAUUAGUGGAGCGGAGCACUUGGUUUCUGCAGCCAUCUUGGUCAGACCCGAAGUCCCGCCCCGCAUUUUGAAAGAUUGACAUUUUUAAAAUUAUAUCUGUAGGCAUCAAGAGAAUCAUAGAUCAACACUAAAUAAUGCCCAGGGAAACCAGACUUGGUCAUACUCUUUUAGCCUAUUUAUCUUUUUGAACUGUUUCCAUAGAAUACUGGCAAUUGAUCUGCAUAAUUUCAGUAUUACUCUGUAAAAAAUUUGCCCUCCAGUAACGUGCUAAGCAGAUUUUCACAGCCGUCAUGAUCUUUAUAAGCAAUGACAUAUUCGGUUUAGGUGGAAAAGAAACUGUUGAGCAUCUAUAGUGACCAGCUUCUUCUAAACAAUUUCUAUGAUCUUGGUUACCAUUUAUUUUAUGUUUUGUAAAUUGCUACUCCUCCACCGUAUAUGUAUAAAUGAACGCUAACAAUCCAAAAUAUUGCUGGUGGUGUAGUGUCUAAAUAGACACUACACCACCAGCAAUAUUUUGGAUUGUUAGCGUUCAUUUUAUAUAGAAUUUGAGGGACUAUACUAUCUAUGGAGGAUUGUAGUUGGGUUUUAAAAGUUGGCACAGUUUAUUGCUUUUUAAAAUCUGGAAGAGUUAAACAAUUUCUAAUGAAUAGCUCAACCCAAUAUCUGUCUCCAUAGCUAUUGAGCGUUCUAAUGCUCUUAGCUGUAUGUAUACAGGUGUUAGAAAAUGUAAUAGAACUGUUGCGCUGGCAAAAUUUCCAUCCCCCACCAGCCAGUUCUCUGCAUAGACCUGUAUGCCAGCGACAGAUGUUUAUCCCAAUAAUUGCUUGAUGUAAGUAAUUGCUUGAUGUAAGUGUCAAACUGUUCAGAAAUGGUUUGACUGCUUACAGUGUGUGUCAGUUAGCAUUAGAGCUCUGUAGUGGUUGCAGUGCUUAGAGCACCCCAAGUCACCAUCAGAUCACAACUUAUUAAGUGUGUAAACUAUGCUUUUCUCAGAAAUUGCAUGCCCCUAAAUCAUGUAUUUAAAAUUUUGGUGCUUAGCCUUAGACUAACCCCAUAAAAUAUCCAUGUUAGAUUCAAUACUGAGCUCUUUAUUGCACACCCCACUGACCUAUAUGGAGAAAUUGCUGUUGAAUUAAUACUUUUUGAAAAGGCAGCGUUUACAUUAAAAAGCUUGCAGUGGGGGCGGAGCUAGCCGGAGAACGAGACGGUCGCAUGCAUCAGAGCUCCGUGUCUCAGCCGGAGAAAUUGAGUUGUUAAACGGGGGUAACGAACCUCAAAGCGGACACUCACCUCGGCAGCAUAACACAGAUCGCUAUGGGCAAAAAAGCGAAGAAAACGAGGGCAGACAAAGCCCCUACAAACCGGAGGACUUCACAGCCGACCUAGGCAAGGGAGCCACUGCGAGCAAAACAUCAGAACCAGUCAAGGCACUACCAAAACCAGGUGACCCAGUAACAGCAGACCUGCUCCAAAAGAUGCUGGAAGAACUGAGCAAAAAUAUAGCCGCCGACAUGGCCUAUAAUAAAACAGCCAUUGAAUCAGCAGCCUCCAAAAUAACAAAGCUUGAGGCCACUUCCAGCACUCAAGGCUGACAGCUGUGGAACAAUAACUAGCCGAUUUACAACACCAACAAACCAACACCACGAGCAGAAUUGACGCCAUGGAAGACCAACGCAGGAGAUAUAAUGUAAAGGUCAGAGGUAUACCUGACUCCGUGGGGUUAAGAGGCACCACACUUUAUUAGACGCCUACUGGCGACUAUACUGCCGCCUAAGAAAACUAAAUCUAUACAAAUUGAUGGAAUGUUUAGGCUGCCAAAACCAGCAAGGGCUCCAGCGACCGCAUCUAUGGAUCUAAUCAUGCGAUUCUAGUCGCUUCAACAAAAGGCACUGAUUCUCGCAGCACUCCGGGGAAAAACCCCGCUACUCUUUGAAGAUGCUACGCUGUCUAUCUUCCCAGACUUAACAAGGAAUACCCUAGCCUGGAGAAAAGGAAUGCAACCCUGCCUGCAACAUCUGCGGAACAAGGACAUACCUUACAAAUGGGGAACCCCACGAGCACUCCUUUUUUUCUCAUGGAGGGACUGCCCACAGAGUACACAGCGCCCAAUACCUAGAAGCCCCGUUGACCACUUUGGGCAUUCUGACGAACCUGGCCAAUGUACAGGAAUUCACGCCCAGACAAGCUAGGAAGACGCAAGGGCCUAACGCACCACCAUGAGAGACUUAUCGCAUAGGCGACACAAUGCCUACUCCUGCUAGGGGAUUGACUUUACUCUGUCUGCUGUUACCUUACCUCACAGUUAAUCACCCCACGCCAAGUUCUAGUUAACCACACACCACUCCUUCGUAGCGACACCUCACAUAUCAUACCUUACCAGGUACCCAACUUAGUUGCAACACGCAUGGCCACAUUGGUGAGACAUCAGCCAGACGCGGAGUUAAAACAAAUGAUAAUGCUCUGAAUUCCCCCCCCCCCCCACCACUGACACACCAGAGUCAUAACUCAAGGCAGCCACAGCCGACGGGAAUGUUCUCUUCAGUGGAACACGAACCACCACAUAACACCAGAUAGCCAUAUCGAUAUAGACCACUGAGGUCACCCGAGUUACCUACCUAAUUGUAAUCAAAAAUUAUCUAAAAUGUUCAUGCUGCGUACUGUACUAUUUAUCGUGCAUUGCCUUAUGUAUGGAACGGACGAUUAUGCUUCAAAUGUUUGAAUGUCAACCCUGACACUUGUGCAGCGUGACACAAAAAUAAAGAAUAAAAAAAAAAAAAGCUUGCAGGGUUAUGCUAUAGACACCAGAACUACUAUAUUAAGCUGUGGUGGUUCUGGUGACUAGAACGUUUCUUUUUAUUGGAAUUUUUUUUUUAGUAAUACCGCCCUCUAGUUAGGAUCUUCGUGCUCCCAGACCUGGGGUUGGCUGUCUCCACUGCAACUGUUAUAACAAAGAUGUUGUCCAGGCACUCGGGAUUCAAUUCAAUAGCAGAUUUAUUAGAAACAAGUGCAACGUUUUCGAUCUCAGAGAAGCUUGAGAAAGAUCUGAGAUCGAAACGUUGCACUUGUCUCUAAUAAAUCUGCUGUUGAAUUGAAUCAGAAACGAGGCUCCUGCUGGGUCUAUGAGCUUAUUAAUAGAGCAGGAGAUAGGAAUUUCUAGAAUAUACGGCAUGUGCAGUAUAGAAAUCUUGAAUAUCUACGUUCCUUUUCAGGAAGUGUUUAGGCAGGCUGUGUAAGUCACAUGCAGGAGGUAUGACUAGGGUUAUAUAAACAAAGUGAUUUAAAUCCUAAAUAGCAGAGAAUUGAGCAGUGAGACUGCAGGGGCAUGAUCAAUACACCAAAACUGCUUCAUUAAGCUAAAGUUGUUUUGGUGCAUUUAGUGUCUCAUAUAAAUUCGUAGCCUGGAUCAAUACUUGUUGAUUGUCCCCAUAAGCACCGCACUUUUGAUAAGCAUUUGUCGGAUAUAGUCUAUCCGUGACAGCUUUGAGCCUAGGGUGUAUGUUUGUUAAACUCUGCAAUGAUAGCUGUAAAUAUAGCUCUAGCUCCGCGGACAGAUCAACACUAGGAUUUAUUUCUGGACUACACAUUCCUGCACUGAUGGUCACAAGCUAUUUAUAGCAAUGAGCUAUACAGCCCUUGCUGGGUCCUGGUAAGUACUUAAUCCUUCUCGCAAUCUCCAAAUUUAACAUUUUGGAAACUGCAACCUGGGAAAAAACUAAUUACAAUCUGCUAAUCCACUCUCCAAUACAUCCUACAGACUCUGACCAUGUUGUUUCAAGCACAGGAGAGUUACGUUUCUUAUGUAAAAUCCACCUGUGCUAUUGGAAGCCUGUGAUAUUUGUGUUGGGGACUAUUCCUGGGGACUUGCACUGUUAGCAAAGCACAAGUAUAAAUUCCACCAGUGCAAGAGAAGACCUAUUGGCCUUUAGCCUUCAAAAGGCAAAUAUUCUUGGGUUUUAAGAUGAUUCAUACCACAUACUUCUCUUGUUAUUUUGAGGUAGGAACUUUUAGAUAUAACUUUACUGAAAGAAGCAAAAAAGAAAUAAAACUUUAUAAGCAGAAGUCGUCGUUGCCAUUUGUGCAUCUGGAUGACGCAGAAUAUGACCUGUUAUCUAAAGGUUGGUUUUCCUUCUGAUUAACAUAUCACACCUGAGUAUUGGCUUAUCUUGCAAUGGAAGUGUAUACAGUUUUCAUUCUACAGAACAUUCAUUUUGUAUCAAUGUUUACAGUUGGAAAGGCUUUGAUGCGUGUGUAUGUAAUUGGUCGGAGCAUGUGGUCCAGUUUUUAUGUUCUCAGUUUCGAGUAUAAUCUAAAGUAUCCUUUUUCCUAUUGCUUGAUAAACCUAGCUAACUCUGUUCUCCUAUGGCUUUAAAUAAUUGCUUUAAAGGAUCGUUAUAGGGUCAGGAACACAAACAUGUAUUUCUGACCCUAAAGUGUUUAAACCACCAUCUAGCCCCCUUGGGUCCCUCAUGCCUCCAUAAAUAUAGUAAAAUCUUAUUGUAUUCAAGCCUGAAGCUGUAACUCUGCAUGCUGUUUGCCUCAGAAAAGCAAGCUGUCUGCUGAUAUCAGAAGUGGUGGCCUGAUCCAAUCACAAUGCUUCCCCAUAGGAUUGGCUGAGACUGACAGAGGCAGAGCCAGUAUGAUUUCAAACACAGCCCUGGCCAAUCAGCAUCUUCUCAUAGAGAUGAAUUGAAUCAAUGCAUCUCUAUGAGGAAAGUUCAGUGUCUGCAUGCAGAGGGAGGAGAUACUGAAUGUUUGGAUGCAUUUUAGGCAGCCAUGACCCAGGAAGGAUCUCUAACAGCUAUUUGAGGAGUGGCCAGUGAAGUUACCACUAGGCUGUAAUCAUAGGCGUGCGCAGCCUGUUGCAUUAGGGUGUGCACCCUAAAGCACAAACACGCUGCGUGUAUGUUUGUGUGUGUGUAUGUAUGUAUGUGUAUAUAUAUACACACACACAUACACAAAUCUACAUAGGUGUGUGUGUGUAAUUGUGAAUGUAUAGUGUUGUGUAACUGUGAGGGGUGUUGUGUAACUGUGAGGGGUGUUGUGUAACUGUGAGGGGUGUUGUGUAACUGUGAGGGGUGUUGUGUAACUGUGAGGGGUGUUGUGUAACUGAGGGGUGCGGUGCGGUGUAACUGUGAGGGGUGCGGUGCGGUGUAACUGUGAGGGGUGCGGUGUAACUGUGAGGGGUGCGGUGCGGUGUAACUGUGAGGGGUGCGGUGCGGUGUAACUGUGAGGGGUGCGGUGCGCUUUAACUGUGAGGGGUGCGGUGCGCUUUAACUGUGAGUGGUGCGGUGCGGUGUAACUGUGAGGGGUGCGGUGUAACUGUGAGGGGUGCGGUGCGGUGUAACUGAGGCAAGCAGUGUGUGUGGCAUAGUGUGUAUGAUUGUGAGGGGUGCACUGUGUGGGCGACAGGAGGUAGUGGGGGUAGACGGUUAGUGACGGGUUAGGGGGGUAGAGGGGCAAUGGCAGGGGGUAGAGGGGCAGGGGGCAGUGAGUGACAGGGGGUAAUAAGGAGGUUUAAAUACCUUUCCUGGUGGUCCAGUGGGUGCCCUCUCUCUUCAGUCUGCAGCUCCGCCGGGCAACGCUCUGACAGGCUGGAGAUAGCGGCGGAGCUGCAGAAUGAGGCUGGAUCUCGUGCACAGCAGACUGACAGGAGGGGCCUCACACCCGGCGGCGUUGUGGGCAAGCCGCCGGGUCAUCGGUCAUAGACCAAGGACCCGACAUGUUGGUCUGCACUAAGGCAGUGCGGCACGGAGGUGUGAUUAGGGUGUGCCCCGGCACACCCUGUGCGCAUGCCUAUGGCUGUAAUGUAAACACUGCAUUUUCUCUGAAUAGACCGUGUUUACAGCAAAAGGCCUGAAGGUAAUGAUUCUACUCACCAGAACAAAUUCAAUAAGCUGUAGUUGUUCUGGUGACUAUAGGGUCCCUUUGAAUGUAUUGGAGACCUCCCUUAUUGUCUGUCAGUAAGGGCAGCCAUAUUAAUAACUUGCUUUGCAUAAUUAUUCCUUCCAAAUAUUUGACUUCUUCCUAUUGGAAGCCGCUUGGCUCUGCCAGCCUAGGAGUUUUAAGUGAAGGCUGUAAGUAUAGGGCUAUAAUUGGUUAUAGAUAUUUUGGAACAUACAGUAUAGUGGUCAGUAUUUUUCUUCAAGGUAAUAGUUCUGGGAAUAUAGUACUAACAGAUAAUGUUUAAAUCAGAGUGUUGUGAAGAGGUGAGCAGCAAGUAUCAACAGAACAUACAUUGAGGUAGAGAUGAAGUAACAUAUACAUUGAGGUAGAGAUGAUUCUCAGAGGCCUGUAUUACAUUCCCGAGUGCAGGAAUAGCAUGCCGUAAAGCCUAGUUGUAUCUAAAGAAAACAAGCUAAAUCUGGUUAUUUAGUACGGAUUGGGAGUUGGGGAUCUUAAUACUGUAGUUAACUGUGUUCUUUUUUGUUCCAGUAGCCGAAUUGAGCUGGGAGAUGUGACGCCACAUAACAUAAAGCAACUGAAGCGGUUAAAUCAAGUGAUUUUCCCAGUGAGCUAUAAUGACAAGUUCUACAAAGACGUGUUGGAGGUUGGGGAGCUCGCCAAACUCGGUAAGGGGUUCAAAUGCCGUAUCAUAGUUACAUAGCUGAAAAGAGACUUGCGUCCAUCAACUGAUUUUGCAACAAACUAUGAAAAAAAUUGAUUGAGCUUUGCUUAUUUAUGAAGUGGCAAAAGUGGAGCAAUCACACUGGAAACCAGACAACCUUUUAAUAUUUCCCCCCCAUAAUCAUUGUAGAGAAGCUCCAUAGUUUCAGCGUUAAAAAUUCCAAGGUGUGCUUUCGAACAUUUCAUUACAAUACAAGAGCAAAUUGAUGAAUCUUUUUCUUACUCCUUCCUCGUGUUUUUCAAAUAGGACAUAAAGUAAUAGAGUGAGAUUCCUUUUAAACUUUUUAUUAUGAUUGUUCUAAUUAAAGGACCACUAUAGGCACCCAGACCACUUCAGCUUAAUGAAGUGGUCUGGGUGCCAGGUCCAGCCAGGAUUAGCCCUUUUUUCUAUAAACAGCAGUUUCAGAGAAACUGCUGUGUUUAUAUUAGGGUUAAUCCAGCCUCAGUGAGAAGACGCCAGCGUCCAUAGGAAAGCAUUGUGAAUGCUUUCCUAUGAGACUGGCUGCGUGCGUGGCUCUUGCUGCGCAUGCGCAUUCAGCCGAGGAGGAGGAGAGCUCCCUGCCUGACGCUGGAGAAAGAGAUAAGUUUAACCCCUUCCUCCCCCUAGAGCUUGGCAGGAGGGGGACCCUGAGGGUGGAGGCACCCUCAGGGCACUAUAGUGCCAGGAAAACAAGUGUUUUCCUGGCACUGUAGUGGUCAUUUAAACACUCCAGGUACCAUAACCUCUAAAUGGUUCAACUUCUUAUCCUGAAAUGGUGCCAAUACUUAAAUACUUGCCAAAUAUUUCCCCUUCACUCUUCAGAAGCCCAUAUAAGCAAUGUAUUUCUCAUCUACACUUUUCCACAGAGGGUUAAUUUAUUUGCACUUUAUCCUUGUAAACUGUAGUAAACAAAGUUGAAAACUUUUAUAGAAAUCUCCCUUUGUUUAGAGAAUUUCUGAAAUUGCAAGCUUAUCCUUUUACAGCCAACUGACAUUGCUUUUCUAUUCCAUGCAGCCAACAUAAACCGCUAUUAUUUUGUUAGAAUCUCAAGAAUAUCCAUUUUAGAAUGUUACUGUUUUCCGUUCGAGUGUUUUACACAGUACUCUUCAUUUUGCACCCGAUUUCACUCUUGUUAAUCAUACCCAGAGGAUUUUACUCACAAAAUAUGCUAAGUUUGUCUCUUCUCCCUUCAGCAUAUUUCAAUGACAUUGCAGUGGGUGCUGUGUGCUGUAGAGUGGACCAUUCUCAAAAUCAGAAGCGGCUUUACAUCAUGACGCUAGGGUGUUUGGCACCGUACCGUAGACUGGGAAUAGGUAAGUGUUGCACUUCAUGCCUUGCAUUCCAAAAAGACAUUUCAAAACAGACAUAACUGCUUCAGCACAGAUAUUCCUGGCAUAGUGUGAAAAAUCUCUGGAGAACAAAUUUCAUACUGGCAAAUGCAGGUGCAUAAAGAUUGCUGUCUGAAAAGCGGAAAGGGAUUUCUUCAAUAAUAUAAAUAUACAUAAAUUAAAAAAAUGAGAUGGUGCAACACAAAGAUUUAGAUUAAGGUUAACAAAAAAGUUAACAAAAAAGUUAGUAUUCCUUCAACAUAAUGUAUAAUUGUAUGUAGCAGAAAGUUAUACAUUUCCAUAUAAGUUAAAGGGACUCUCUAGGCAGAGUAGUUUACUCACCUGAUUCCAGCACCGGGAGCCUCAUGAAGCUGCGUCAAAAUGACGAAAUAGGCAGGCGCGAGCAGGGAGCAAUCAGACGCUUCCAUUUGGAACAUGCGCGUGUGCACAUACUUCAUAGGGUGGCAUUCAUGCUGCCCUCUGAAGUCCUGGGCGCACUACCGCGCAUGCCCGCGGUGUGCGCGAGCUGAGGUGACUGAUAGCUCAGCUCGCGGUCUUUGCCCGCCCCCUCUCCUCUGCUGACAGGCAGAAGAGAGAAGGGGCGCGCACACAGUAUCUUAAUACGUCUGACGUGUACAAGGCCCUUUUAGGGCCCUACAUGAUAGGAAGUCCCUCUGGUGGCUGUCUGAGUGACAGCCACUGGAGGUAUUCCUUUCAAUCAAUGUAAACACUGUAUUUUCUCUGAAAAUACAGUGUUUACAUUAGAUUGCCUGCAGGGAGCUAUAGAUCUCACCUGAACAAAUACAUUAAGCUGUAGUUGUUCAGGUGACUAUAGUGUCCCUUUACUGAAAACCGGUCAUUACAGUUUUAUUUGAAUUGGACCUUUCUCUCCCUGCCCCAAGGAAAUAAUAUAUCAUUACACUGAGGUAGAUUGUAUAUUCACUUUACAUUUUAGAUGUUAACACUGCUAUCUCUCUUGGCUCCACUGCCACCAUGAACGCAGUUCUGUGGUUGUAACACUCACUUCAGAUUCCACCUGUGUCUCACCCUCAGAUUGCAUUGCCCUGCUUGGCAACAGCUCUCCAAGUAGGGUAAUUGUUCCUCAUGAAUAGAGUGACAUCAGUCACUUCGUUCCUUUACUCCGAAUCAACUCAAGAAGCAAUGACUAGGAAGUAAGCACAGAUCGUGUGCUGUAGUUGCUGUUCUGGGAGUAGAUGUUUACUCUCUUGCUAUCCUCUCUCAGUUCUUCGUCAGAGGUCUAUAGUGACAACAUAUUCUGCAUUGCUGUACAAUAGAUAAACAAGAUAAACAUAUUUGUCAUAUGGGAACUGUAGGUGAAAGGGCACUUCCCAAACAAGCAUACCGUUUAAAUGGGGAUCUAUGUUUAAAUAGAUUUGUGUGUCAAUCUGUAUGUUGAACAGCACAAUGUUUAGAUGGAAUUUAUCUUUACAUUGUUAUUAUUUAUAUCUUCACAUUAUUACAUUAUUUUGGGAAGCCCACAGCACUGUUCCUUUUAUGUCCCAUAGUGCUAUGCUCGCUCACCCGUGAACCUGAGCACAUUGUUUGGAUUUAUUUGAAUGCUGCUCUUAUCAACAGACUUGUUUGGGUGGACAGUUUGUCUUCAGCACAUUUUAUUUUGGGAGCGAAGUUAAGAAUUGCCUACAUUUAACUUAUUUUUAUAUUUACAGGAACAAAAAUGUUGAACCACGUUUUAAACAUUUGCGAAAAAGAUGGCACCUUUGACAACAUUUAUUUGUAAGUCUCUUGUUACACAUCAUUUCAAAUUAUUUAUACAGUAGCAACAUUCUGCAGCACUGUACAGUAGAUAAUACAAACUUUAAUUUUAACAAAACACAUGACCUGGUGAACAGUAGGUAAAGAGGUUCCUAAAUCAAUGCACACAAUGUAAAGUUAAUGGAUUCCACUUUCAAAUUGUUUCACAAGCCAAUGAAUUAUUUUACUUAAAAAUAGUUCACUAAGGCAUUUCUUGCUUAAAAUGAUUUUUUUAUUAGGAUGUCUGUUUAUUUACAAAUCCCAAUCAAUUUAGUUGUACUUUGGUACAUAUGCAUAGACGAUCAUCAAUUUAAGACAUUGUAAAUUAAAACCUGACACAAGACAUUCCAGUUUCUUUUACUUUUGUAAAACCUUUAACAAUUUAAAAAUAAAAAAUAGCAGUGUUCUAACCCAGAGGUUCUCAAUCUGUGUGCCCCGGCGCCCUGGGGCGAUGCGAUGGGAACUCGUGAGCCGUACUCUCCUCUACCGGGUCAGCGGGAUUGGAGGGGAGAUCAGAGAUCUCCCUCUCCGGCCUGCUUGCACUUUGCUGACAGCUGGCAGGAGAGGGAGGGAGAGAGAACCCGGGGGAGCUGUAAACUGCAGCUCCGCCAAGUGCUCCUCAUGCGAGCUCAGAGCGUUGCCGUGGUUACCAUGGCAACGCUCUGAAUCUCGCGAGAUUGAUCUCUAGCAGCUUCUGAGGCUUCUAGAGUUCACUCUCACCACCAGGGCUUCCCCACUAGGACCACCAGGGAUCAUUACUGUCCACCCUCCUAGGUAAAGGUAAGCAGGGAGGGGGGACAUCAUUUUUAUUUUUAAUAAAAAAAAAGUCUACAUUGUGUCCCCCCCCCAUACCCACACACACACUGUCCCCUCCCCCACACGCACACACACACUGUCCCCUCCCCCACACGCACACUCUCACACACACACACACACACACGCUGCAGCGCUGUACAUAUAUACAACCUAGAAAAUUGUUUCGACUUGGGUUGCCUUGGAAAAAUAUUGAAAUAUUAAGGGCGUCUUGAACCUAAAAUGUUUGGGAACCACUGUUCUAACCAAUGACUCACUAUGUGACUGUUAGUCGGAGUCCAAGUAAUAGUACGUAGAGAUUGGCUAGCUGUUUGUGAGUCUCAAAUUAAGCGAGAGGCUGAAACCUGCUCACAUAAUAUAAUAUGUUUGAAUCUUUCUCAGGAUAAUGAGCUUCAUAUUUUUAUUUUAUUUUGGGUCCAAAAUGAAUGAUUCACAGUUUUUUCCUUUUUUUGUUUGUCGAAUCCUGCAUAUUUUCAGCACUUGGUUUUCUAAACUAUAUUCCACAGCUUUAAACUGGGAAUUGUUUCCAUGUGAUGUAUUUAUUGACAUUUACUUGGCAGUCAGCGAUGCCUCUUCAGCCACUAGCUCUAGCUGGAACUAUAGAGAAAGGCAUGUACUGCUGAUGUAUAAUCCAAAAAUAAACUUAUGUUCUUCCCCUUUGCUUGUAACAUUAUUUUUGGUACUUUUCCCCCACCCACUUUUUUUCUUUAAAUCGAAUUAGACACAGUUACCCGUAAUCACAUAUUCUGAGGUUCUUCUGUCCCAUGUAAUGAUGUUAAACAUUUUCGUAAAUACUGCUACACAAAGUGUGUCAUGAUCUUUCUCAUAAAGCAAACCUUUAAGGAUUACAUUAAUGGUGUCCAUGCCUUUUGUAAUUUCUACAAACCAACAUAUAACACAAAUAUUUUAGUUAACUUUGCAAAUGGCAGUCAGGAGGUGAAAUACCCAAUAAUCCCUGCUGGCAGUGCAAAGGGUUGUAUCCUCAUAAUAAAAUGGUGUCACUCGCAUGUUGUGUAGAAUUUCUGAACCCAGGAUCCAAUAAUUGCUAAUCUACACGUUAAAUCCCACACAGAGCUUGUAACAGAGUUGUCUAGAUGUAGAUUAUUUACACACGUGCAUGCAACAAGAAGUGCAAAAUAUUUAGUUUGUGUGUUCAGAUAGUUAAAACAUUGUACCAAUAAUGUGCAAGGUGAUCGAAUGUGCCAGAUAAUCAGAGUACUGAAUGAAUAGACUGAUUACAAUGUGUAGGAUAGUCACCGAGCUCUCAUUGUGCAGGUUGAUUAGAUAUGGGAAUAGUCACAAUGCUGUGAGUGGGGGUGAUUAGAAUGGGGAAUUGUCACAGCGCUCUGAGUGGAUGGGGUGGACUAGAAUGGUGGAUAGUCUCAGAACUCUGAGCUGGUGCGGUGCUUAGAAUGCGGAACGGUCACAGCACUGAGUAUGUGGAGGGAUUAGACAUGGGAAUAGUCACCAUGCUCUGAAUGGAUGGGGGAUAGUCACAUCUCUUUCACUGAGUGGAGUGGUUAGAAUGGAAGGUGCGGGUAGUCACAGCUCUUUAACUUGGGGCGAAGGUAGUCACAGCUCUUUCACUGGGUGGAGUGGUUAGAGUGGGGGGGGAGUCACAGCACAAUGACUAGGUGCGGUGGUCUCAACUCUUUCACUGGGUGGGGGGUAGCCACAGCACACUGACUAGGUGGGGUGGUUAGAAUUAGGGGGGAUAGAAACAGUGCUUUGAAUCUGUGAGGUAAAAUUGUUUUUAAAAAAAAAAGUGUACUGUAUUAUUGUACAUAUCUAGCUACAACUCCUAUAGUAAUGAGCCUGAGUAAUAAGCUAGUUUUGAGCAGGGUCAUCAAUAACAUCUUUGAAUGUUAAAGCCCAUUAAAGGACCACUAUAGUACCAGGAAAACAUACUCAUUUUCCUGGCACUAUAGUGCCCUCAGGGUCCCCCUCCCGCCUGGCUCUGGGGGGAGGAAGGGGUUAAACUUACCUCUUUCUCCAGCGCUGGGCGGGGAGCUCUCCUCCUCCUCCUUGGCUGAAUGAGCAUGCAUGGCAGGAGCUGCGCGCGCAUUCAGCCAGUCUCAUAGGAAAGCAUUCACAAUGCUUUCUUAUGGACGCUGGCGUCUUCUCACUGAUUUUCACAGUGAGAAGCACGCAAGCGCCGCUAGCGGCUGUCAAUGAGACAGCCACUAGAGGCUGGAUUAACCCUAAUAUAAACAUAGCAGUUUCUCUGAAACUGCUAUGUUUAUAGAAAAAAGGGUUAAUCCUGGCUGGACCUGGCACCCAGACCACUUCAUUAAGCUGAAGUGGUCAGGGUGCCUAUAGUGGUCUUUUAACAUCGUUUGUAGGUAAUUAAUUUCCGAUAUUUCACUAAAACCUACAGCAACAUAAAGGGUGUUGUGCUUACAUCUGUUUGUAGUUGUUAAAGAUCUUCCUGUAUGGGCAUGGUAGUGCAUUGUAAAUGUUAUUUUACUGUGUCUCUGAAAAUGCUCAUAGUACAUUAAAUGCUUGUUCUGUAUGUAAGAAUUUAUAGAUUGACAAAUGCUUGCUGAGUUUAGCAGACAGUGUGAUUUUUAUUUAUUUGUCAAACUGGCUGCUAAACUAAGGGUUCUAAAUGAAAUAAAAUCCGGACCAGCAUUUUAUUUUUAUGGUGAAUAUCUGUAAGCUUGGUAGUUUAAUUUUAAAAUAUAUAGCAUCUAGGAUUUUCUAAAUUUUUUCCCCCCCUAAUACUAAGACAAGACUAUAACAUUCGUUUCCUAUUUAUUACCCAGGCAUGUCCAGAUCAGUAACGAAUCUGCCAUAGACUUCUACAGAAAAUUUGGCUUUGAGAUCAUUGAAACAAAGAAAAACUAUUACAAGAGGAUAGAGCCAGCUGAUGCCCACGUGCUUCAAAAAAACCUGAAACCCUCGUCCCCUGGCCAGAACGCAGACUCGCAAAACUGAUUGGACAUCCAUGGACGCGUUUCUUGCACUCGCUUGUCGCCAAAUAUGGAAAGAGACCCACUGAGUUUUAAUCCUACCGUACACUUCUAUCUCUUCUUCCUUCUCCACUACAAAAAUAAUAAAAAAAAAAAAUUAAUGCUUCUUCCAAGAGCUGUACAAUCUGUCACACACACAAUAUUUUGUUUGUUUGAACUCAGAGAUGUUUUUCCCAUUUGUGGAGAUCAUACUGACAGGGAAGAAUGGAUUUAUUUUGGCUUUUCUCAGCACUUUUUCCCUCUUUUGUUUGGGAGUGAGUUAAUUCUGUCAGUCUGGAAUAGUCUUUAAAUAAAAUCUAAUUUCUUUUUAGCAUUCUCUUUCAAACCUCAUUGUUUUUCUCUUUUCUUUAUCAUUUAUUAUUAUUUUUUAUUUUUAUUUAUUUUUACAAAAAUUGUCUUAAACUUCACAGUGUGACUUUUUAAUCUAAUUAUGUUACUAAAGGUAUAAUGGUUAUAGUGAUCGGGACUAAAUGGAAACAUAUACAGCAUCUAGUGCAUCUUUGUAAAGCAUGCUCCAUGGUGAUCUAUGUCAUAGCGACUCUUAACGGAUUCCGUUAUAUUACUGGAUAACAAUUUGUUUUUACAUAUAGUCAUUGGCUCAAUCGACAGCUUGUAGUUAGAGAUCCUUCUCUGAGACAAUGCUGAAUAAUCAGAAAUCUCCCCAUGUGUUUAUAUCAGUUUAAGAGAAAAGUAAACUGGUUCUAAUAUGCACAAAAUCAUCAAUAUAUAUCUUACUAAUGUAGAGUGUUUGGGUGACUGUACAGCAAAGUGUUUCAAUACAAUGAGGUCUGAGAUUAGUUGAAUACCAAUGCAGUGUUUCGUCUGUCAUGGUGGGGGUGCUAUCAGUUGUGUCUGGGAGCAUGUUUAUCUUGAAUUUAAAAUGCACUUCUGUUUUUAAUGUAUCUUAAAACCAGACUCUUAAACCAAUCAGUGUGGUCUUUCAUAUCCAAAGGGGUAGAAUAUUGUUUGUGGUGUUGGAGUAAUGUAAAUUGGUCAAGCUUAAUAAAAAAAAUAUAUAUAUAAUAAUAAUAAAAACAAAGUUGUACAUUUUCACUAGGAAUUCAGUGCAAAUAGAUCUUUAUGAAACAACUUUAAAAAAUGUUGCCAGUCCUGUUUUAAUGUCCUGUCUGUUAUAAUGGUAGUGCUGUCACCCAGUUGAAGCCUUAGAAGGGAUUGUUUGGAUGAAAGGGUGUCCGCUUAGAUAUACAUUGAUUAGAGUAAAAUAUUAUGUAUGACAUUUGGGUAUGAUUCUGUCCUAAUUUGUGUGCACUACGUCUGGGGUUGCCAAAUCCACGAUCUCUUCUUGAUUACACGUCCGUUCUACAUGUUUCUGGGUUGCUCAUGACAAUGUUGACCUGUAGUGAGUAGCUGUCAUAUAGUUCAUUUUGGGGUUCUUCUGUCAGAUGUUCUGACCCAUCACUGUCUAAUGCAAUGAAUUCCUCCUGCAUCAUAUGAAUUAUGCCUGUUCCUGGGCAAUUUUUAAAUACUUUGUCAGCAACUCAAGCAAGUACUAGUGAGGCUGUUAUGUUUGCCAUAAAUGUAAUUUAUCACGUUUGUGGCACAACUUUAUUUUGGGCUUGUUUUAAAAAGGUUAUAUUUUAGAUCAGGGCCGAC